AUGCAGAGCCCAGAAUGCGGCGAAGGCGUCGCUGCGCCCACAAUUCCGCCACGAACACAUCCGAUCCAUUUGAGGAACCGAUUGAAACUGCAACUAUUCGAAGCGAAUUUGACGGCCAGCACGGUGAGCAUUUUCGGUCUGUAAUGCAUAGAGGGACGCCCCGAAAGUCGUCAAUUCAAAACUUUCUGUAUCUCGGCUGUCGGUGGUGAUAUCAAAAUUCUGUCAACUGACAAAUUGCUCAGGAAGACAUUUUGCUCAUUUUAUCAGUUGCCGACUUUUUUAUUUCUCUACCGCCGGCCGAGAUACGCUGCAUUGAAUAAUCCGUGUCCACUUCCUUUUACGCUAACUGUUCGCGUAUGAAUCAUCGCGCCGAAAAGUGCCAUUCGACGUCAUUUUUAUCGAAAAUUGUUUGAUAAAAAUCAAAAAUUGAUCAAUUUUCGUGCUCGGCUGGGCGAUGAAUCACUUAUUUUUUAAGGGAAAUUAGUCAUCGGAAGAAAAAAUGUUUAAAAAAUCAUUGUUCAGGAAGUCCAAAACGACGAGUGUCACAGCCGAAAAGCCUCUUCGGUGGGAUUUGUGGAUAUUGACGAUUUGCUGAAAUUUCAGGUGAUUUUAGAUACAUUUAUUAGACUUUUUUGUUCAGCGGGCCAGGCCUGAACUUUUGGCCCACUUGCAAUUAUCCGAUCGGGCCCAAACUUUGCAGGUUUCUUGGGGUCCUCUCAGAUUUAUUACAAGUGGGUCAAAAGUCCAGGCCUAGGUCUGGGCCUUUUGCCGAGCCCUGGAAAAUUCAGCACAACGUUUCAAACGAAAAAACAUUGUUUGCAGGAAGAGUACAAAACGCGCUCGUCCUCCCGCCUGUGCUCCUCGCUCCGUCACCUCUUCUCGACGGGAAAUUCUGCGAGUUCAGCGACGUCAUCAAUUCCUGA